GACUAAUAAAUAGAGCAGUGGAGGUAGUGAGAGCACCAUCCUCCUCCUCGCAGAUCGCUGCAGCCUGCAACAGCAACACAGCAGGUUUACGAUGAUGCUGAGACGUCUCCUCCCGGUGGUGCUGCUGUCACUGCCCGCCGUUCUUGUUGACGGUGUCGCCGAACCGCUUCUGACCUUCACAGACAAGGACCCGAUCACCGGGGUCUCGGUAGAGUGCGACCGCUGUCCCCCCGGGACCUACCUGCGAGCGCGCUGCACGACGACGCAAAAGAGCGAGUGCUCGCCGUGUCCGACGGGCUCGUUCACGGAGCUGUGGAACUACAUCGGCAAGUGUCUGCGCUGCGGGGUGUGCGGACAGUACCAGGUGGUGAAGACGCCGUGCACAGCACAGAGUGACUGCCAGUGUGAAUGUAAACCGGGAUACUACUACAAGAAGAAGUGGGACAUGUGCCUCCGCCACAGCGAGUGUCCGUGCGGACAAGGGGUGUUGACCAAAGGUACACCUGAUGAGGACACAGUGUGCCACAGCUGUCCCAAUGGCACCUUCUCCAACACCGUCUCUCCUCACCAGAACUGCACUCUACACAAAAGCUGCAACGCUCCAGGCCAGGAGCUGGUGCUAAAGGGCUCCACCUGGCAUGACAGCGUGUGCACCACCUGCGAAGAGCUCAAAUCAAAAAAUGGAGGCGACUACCUCAAAGAAAUCCUCCCAGAUUUCUUUGUUCACCAGAAAAUAAACAUCAAGCGGCUGCGUCAGAUAGUGCACAAGCUCCCAUCUGAGGACAGCAAAAGACAAGGAGCAACUUUGCGACUUAACCUCUCAGAACUUAAUGCACGAAUCAACACUUGGGUUGCUUCUGCCACGGCGAAUCAGGUUCGUCAGCUUCCGGGGAUUCUGAACAAAACAGGAGCAAACGGUGCUAGUAAGAGACUGCAGAACAAGCUGCAGAGAAUCAACUUAAAUCUGAAGGAGCUAUGUGAUAUGAGGAACGAGGUGGAUGUAAUUGCAAUUUCAGGGUAGGCUGAGGUAGAAAAUAUUUAGGUAUAGGUGCCAAGAAGUUUGAUUAGUCCAGUGUUUAUUUGGGGGGAAAAAAACUUUUAUUUUUUGUAUGUAAUUCAAGAAUUGCUGCCCUUUUCGAGAUGCACUGUCAAUACAGGCUUUAGUACUUUGCGUUAGUUAAAGGAGAAUACCGGUCAAUUAGAGAAACAGUUCAUUCACUUCUAUCUGCAUCGAGCUGAUAAAUAUUCCCUCCUUUUUUCAAAGUUCAGUCUUUUUGAUGUUCUUAAAAUCGACCAAACAAUACGAACUUGACUGUGUCACCGAGCUUGAAAUGACCUGCUUACCAAUUUCUUGCAAAAUUAAUGUUAACUAGUCCAUACCCAUUGAGUGCACAGUUGCCCACGUACAGUUUCACAUGGUGUGUGUUUGGGAUACAGGUCAUAGGAAAUUGCAGAUUAAAUAGUCAACUGAACCCAUUAAGAAGAGCAAUGUAUUCAGACAGAGUUUUUUUUUUUUAAACUGUACAUUAGUAGUUGAGGUAGCACGUUGAAAGGCAGAUAGUUAAAAUGUUUAUAUGUUGUAUUGACUUAAAAGUGGGGCGCACUGGUAGAAUGACUGACAGAAUGACACACUGACAGUUUCCGUGGUUAUGUAUUCUAAUUUUUGGUAUGACUAAGUCAUGGUAUGGUAUAUACCAUGACUUAGUCAUACCAAAAAUUAGAAGAAGAAAAAAACCAUUGGGCCACAGGGGGAGCCACAGCGAUCGGUCGCAUUUUAGCCAUGUUUAAGCAUUUUUCUGUUGUUAUAGCGCCACCCAGCUGCCAGUUAGAGUUAAAUAUCUCCAGUCACCUUGAGGCAUCCUGUUCUACAUAUCUACCAAGUUUAGUAAAAAUCGAUAUGGCAGUUAGGCCUAGAUAAGAAAUUAGCUCUCUAGCGCCCCCAUUUUGUUUGAUGGGCUCAAUAAUGGAGGGGUCCCCUCAGAUUAUGUGUGGUCAUAUUGACAGUAAUAAUGUAAUAUCAUAUAAUGGAGAUCUAAUAAUGUGAAAUAAUUGGCUCAUUCUCACAAAUGUGUAGUUUUUGCUCUUAGUUCAUUUCGUAUAGAUUAAAGUACAUUUAUGAGAUCAUAUCUGCACCUUUUGGUAUCACAUUGUUCCCUUUAAGGUACACAUUUGCUGCAAAGCUACCUCUGUGUGUUGCACCUGGGUCCUCACAACAAGUACUGUACUCCAAAACACAAAGUUCUGCAAUCACAUUUUUGGGGGAGAAAACAGAGAGAGAACUUGCACAAUUUUAACUUUUAUAAUAAAGCAAAAACUCGCCGGUAUUAUCCUUUAAGGAUUAAAAAGCGCUGGCCUUCAGUAGAUCUACCUCUUCCUAUGUCUGCAGAUAAACACCGACCUGGCAUGUCCUGCUAGAUUUUUCAUUUUGUGUAACGGCUCUUAAUUUAUUUGCUAUUUAUAGAAAGGGGGUAAGUUGCAUUCUGAGAGGGAUGAGGGGGACAGUGACAGGGUGGAGAAGACAGGAUGGAAAGGCAAAGGGGGGAGAAGGACAAGGUGGAGAGGACAAGGUGAAAAGGCACAAGGGGAGAGGGACGGGG